CGGCGGCGCGGUCGGAGGGGCAGGCGCGCGGAGCCAGACGCCGCCGCUUGUUUUGGUUGGGGCUCUCGGCAACUCUCCGAGGAGGAGGGGAGAAGUCACUGCAGCGGCAGCGCCUCCCGGGGCAGAGGCGUCUUCCCGGCCUCUUCCCAAACCUCUCCUCCCCGCCUUCCCUGCCGACUGGGGCGAGGGGCAGGGAUGAGCCUGGCCCUCCGGCCCGGCCUCGGCUCCUGCUGCUGCCUGGCAGCGUUUCGCGUGGACAAGACUCUUGCUCCGCCCGCCGACAUGGGCCCGAACGGGGGCUGCAGAGGACGCGUCCGCGGGCGGCGGCCGCAGCAACAGCCGCAGCGCCGCGGUCUCCGCGAUUGAGCUGGUAUUUGGGCGGCUGGUGGCGGCGGGGACGGUUGGGGGUGGGAGGAGGCGGAGGAGGAGGCGAAGGAGGAGGAGGGAGAACCCUGUGCAACGUUGGGACUUGGCAGCCCGCCUCCCCCUGCCCAAGGAUAUUUAAUUUGCCUCGGGAAUCGCGACUUCCAGAGGGGAACUCAGGAGGGAAGGCGCGCGAGCCUGGAGGGGCAGCGCCAGGACCCCCGGCUGCCGCCUGGACGGCGAGGGAUGCAUCUUCGCCCUUUCCCGGCUGCGUCGGCGGAGUGGGGACUCGGCUCUUGGUGGAUUGGGGCUGCCCUCGCCCAGGACGCACGGCCUCCCCCCCGGGCAUGAGACGCCCGUGAACUCGGGUCGGGGCCAGCUCCCGGGCGCAGCCGCUGCGCCCUCCUUCACUGCUCCUCCUGGCGCGGAGGGCGGUGUGAAUUCGGCUUCGGCGUUUCUGCUUGCUCCAGCCCUGUUUGCAUGUGCGGGGCCGCGGUGUGGAGCCUCCGCCCCCCACCCGCUUGUUUUUCUGCGCCUCCCUCUGCUCGGCAGCGGCGGUGGCGGCGGCAGCAUGGCGAGCCCUCCAGAGACCGACGGCUUCUCGGACGUGCGCAAGGUGGGCUACCUGCGCAAACCCAAAAGCAUGCACAAGCGCUUCUUCGUGCUGCGGGCGGCCAGCGAGGCUGGGGGCCCGGCGCGCCUGGAGUACUACGAGAACGAGAAGAAGUGGCGGCACAAGUCGAGCGCCCCCAAACGCUCGAUCCCCCUCGAGAGCUGCUUCAACAUCAACAAGCGGGCGGACUCCAAGAACAAGCACCUGGUGGCUCUCUACACCCGGGACGAGCACUUUGCCAUCGCGGCGGACAGCGAGGCCGAGCAGGACAGCUGGUACCAGGCCCUGCUGCAGCUGCACAACCGUGCCAAAGGGCACCACGAUGUGGCUGCGGCCCCCGGGCUAGGAGGUGGGGGGAGCAGCUGCAGCGGCAGCGCCUGCCUUGGUGAGGCUGGGGAGGACUUGAGUUACGGAGAUGUGCCCCCAGGCCCUGCCUUCAAGGAGGUCUGGCAGGUGAUCCUGAAGCCCAAGGGCCUGGGGCAGACAAAGAACCUGAUUGGCAUCUACCGCCUCUGUCUGACCAGCAAGACCAUCAGCUUCGUGAAGCUCAACUCAGAGGCGGCCGCAGUGGUGCUGCAGCUGAUGAACAUAAGGCGCUGCGGCCACUCAGAGAACUUCUUCUUCAUCGAGGUGGGCCGCUCUGCCGUGACAGGGCCUGGGGAGUUCUGGAUGCAGGUGGAUGACUCGGUGGUGGCACAGAACAUGCAUGAGACUAUCCUGGAGGCCAUGCGGGCCAUGAGCGAUGAGUUCCGCCCUCGAAGCAAAAGCCAGUCCUCCUCCAACUGCUCCAAUCCCAUCAGCGUCCCCCUGCGCAGGCACCACCUCAACAACCCCCCUCCCAGCCAGGUGGGGCUGACCCGCCGCUCGCGCACGGAGAGCAUCACCGCCACCUCCCCAGCCAGCAUGGUGGGCGGGAAGCCUGGCUCCUUCCGGGUCCGCGCCUCCAGUGAUGGCGAAGGCACCAUGUCCCGCCCAGCCUCAGUGGACGGCAGCCCGGUGAGUCCGAGCACCAACAGGACCCACGCCCACCGGCAUCGCGGCAGCUCCCGGCUGCAUCCUCCGCUCAACCACAGCCGCUCCAUCCCCAUGCCUACUUCUCGCUGUUCACCUUCCGCCACCAGCCCGGUCAGUCUAUCGUCCAGCAGCACGAGUGGCCACGGCUCCACCUCUGACUGCCUCUUCCCACGAAGGUCUAGUGCUUCUGUGUCCGGUUCCCCGAGCGAUGGUGGCUUCAUCUCUUCUGAUGAGUAUGGCUCUAGUCCUUGCGAUUUCCGAAGUUCCUUCCGUAGUGUCACCCCGGAUUCCCUGGGCCACACCCCCGGUGAGGAGGAGCUGAGCAACUAUAUCUGCAUGGGCGGCAAGGGGGCCUCCACCCUGACUGCCCCCAAUGGGCACUACAUCUUGGCUCGGGGCGGCAAUGGCCACCGCUACAUCUCAGGAGCUAGUUUGGGCACGAGCCCAGCGCUGACUGCGGAUGAAGCAGCCAAUGCUGCAGAUGUGGAAAAUCGCUUCCGAAAAAGGACUCACUCCGCGGGCACGUCCCCCACCAUUUCCCACCAGAAGACCCCGUCCCAGUCCUCCGUGGCGUCCAUUGAGGAGUAUACAGAGAUGAUGCCCGCCUACCCACCAGGAGGGGGCGGUGGAGGCCGACUGCCUGGCUACCGGCACUCUGCCUUCGUGCCCACGCACUCCUACCCGGAGGAGGGUCUGGAAAUGCAUCCCUUGGAGCGGCGUGGGGGCCACCACCGCCCAGACACCUCCACCCUCCAUACCGAUGAUGGCUACAUGCCCAUGUCCCCAGGGGUGGCCCCAGUGCCCAGCAACCGGAAGGGCAGUGGGGACUACAUGCCCAUGAGUCCCAAAAGCGUGUCUGCCCCACAGCAGAUCAUCAACCCCAUCAGACGCCAUCCCCAGAGAGUAGACCCCAAUGGCUACAUGAUGAUGUCCCCAAGCGGCAGCUGCUCCCCUGACAUUGGAGGUGGGCCCAGCAGCAGCAGCACUGCCCCUUCCGGGAGCAGCUAUGGGAAGCUGUGGACAAAUGGGGUAGGGGGCCACCAUUCUCACCCCUUGCCUCACCCCAAACAACCCGUGGAAAGCAGUGGUGGCAAACUCUUGCCUUGCACAGGUGACUAUAUGAACAUGUCACCGGUGGGGGACUCCAACACCAGCAGCCCCUCUGACUGUUACUAUGGCCCCGAGGACCCCCAGCACAAGCCGGUCCUCUCCUAUUACUCAUUGCCAAGGUCCUUUAAGCACACCCAGCGCCCAGGGGAGCCAGAGGAGAGUGCCCGCCACCAGCACGCCCGACUUUCCUCCAGCUCUGGUCGUCUUCUCUAUGCUGCAGCCGCGGAAGAUUCUUCCUCCUCCACCAGCAGUGAUAGCCUGGGAGGGGGAUACUGUGGGCCUCGGCAGGAGCCUGGCCACCCGCAUCUCCACCAUCAGGUUCUGCAACCCCAUCUGCCUCGAAAGGUGGACACGGCCGCCCAGACCAACAGCCGCCUGGCUCGGCCCACAAGGCUGUCUCUGGGGGAUCCCAAGGCCAGCACCUUACCGCGGGCCCGCGAGCAGCCACAGCAGCCCCUGCUGCACCCUCCGGAGCCCAAAAGCCCAGGGGAAUAUGUGAAUAUUGAAUUUGGGAGUGACCAGCCUGGCUACUUAUCUGGCCCCGUGGCUUCGCACAGCUCGCCUUCUGUCAGGUGUCCAGCCCAGCUCCAGCCAGCCCCCAGAGAGGAAGAGACUGGUGCUGAGGAGUACAUGAACAUGGAUCUGGGGCCAGGCCGGAGGGUGGCCUGGCAGGAGAGCACUGGGGUGGAGAUGGGCAGAGUGGGCCCUGCGCCUCCUGGGACUGUGAGCAUGUGCAGACCCACGAGGGCCGUGCCCAGCAGCCGGACUGAUUACAUGACCAUGCAGAUGGGCUGUUCCCGCCAGAGCUACGUGGACACCUCACCUGUCGCCCCUGUCAGCUAUGCCGACAUGCGGACGGGCAUUGCUGCAGAGGACGUGAGCCUUCCGGGGGCCACAGCGGCUGCUCCCUCCUCAUCCCCGGCAGCCUCUGCCUCCCCUUCUGCACCUCAAGGAGCAGCUGAGCUGGCUGCCUGCCCUUCCCUGCUGGGGGCCCCGCAGGGACCUGGAGGCGUGAGCGCCUUCACCCGGGUGAGCCUCAGCCCCAACCGCAACCAGAGUGCCAAAGUUAUCCGUGCGGACCCGCAAGGGUGCCGGAGGAGGCAUAGCUCCGAGACCUUCUCCUCAACACCCAGUGCCACCCGGGCAGGCAACGCCGUGCCCUUCGGAGGAGGAGCUGGGGCUGGGGCUGGGGGCAGCAGCGGUGCUAGCAGCAGCAGCAGUGAGGAUGUGAAACGCCACAGUUCUGCUUCCUUUGAGAACGUGUGGCUGAGGCCUGGGGAGCUCGGGGGAACCCCCAAGGAGCCAGCCCAGGUGUGUGGGGCUGCUGGGGGCUUCGAGAAUGGUCUUAACUACAUAGACCUGGAUUUGGUCAAGGACUUUAAACAGCGCCCUCAGGAGCGCCCCCCUCCGCCGCAGCCCCCUCCACCGCCGCCCCCUCAUCAGCCCCUUGGCAGCAGCGAGAGCAGCUCGCCCAGCCGCUCCAGCGAGGAUUUAAGCGCCUAUGCCAGCAUCAGUUUCCAGAAGCAUCCAGAGGACCUCCAGUAGCUCAAGUGGACAUCACAGCAGAAUGAAGACCUACAUGACCUCAGCAAAUCCUUUAACUUAUGGGUACCCAGACUCUAAGUAUUUCAUGAUUCACAACUAGGACCUCACAUCUUCCUCCUCAGUAGAUGGUACGAUGCCUGCAUUUCAGUUUGUUUACUUUAUACAAUCCUCAGGAGUUUGUUGACUGAACUGCACGUUCUAUAUUGUGCCAAGCGAAAAAGCACUGUGACACCAGAACAAUGCGUCUGCAUAAACUUCAUCUUCAACCCUAAGGACUUAGCUGGCCGCAAGGAGCUGAUGGGCCCACCACCACGCCAGGAGAGAAUGAGUCUCCUCUCGGUGCAUUUACAAGAUACAUUUCAUCUGCUGCUGAAACUGUGUACGGCAACGCAUCAUUGUAAAUUAUUUCAUACAAAACUGUUCACGUUGGGUGGAGAGAGUAUUAAAUAUUUAACAUAGGUUUUGAUUUAUAUGUGUAAUUUUUUAAUUAAAACGUAACUUCUUUUCCUACAGCACAUCUUUUUUUUGGAUGUGGAACUGAGGUAUACAAUGUUCUGUUGUAAAGAGUGGAGCAAUUGCUUAAAACAAGGCUAAAAAGAGUAGAAUAGGGUACUACCCUUGUUUUAAGAUGAUAAUUGAGAAAAAUAAUAUAAUAAGAAUCAUAGUGCCAUAGAUGGUUCUCAAUUGUAUAGAGUUAUAUUUACUGAUGUUAUCUCUUGUAAUAUAACCCUGAUGUUGAGCUGAGUUCCUUACAAGACUUUAAUUUUGUAUUUUUCCUGUAAGACAAUAGGCCAUGUUAAUUAAACUGAAGAAGGAUAUAUUCUCCUGGCUGUUUGCAAGUGUUGGCUUAAAAUUGGCAAUUGAAUGGAAGCAAAAUUACAAGAAAAGGAAAUCAACGUCUUCCAUUGUACAUAUUGUAAAAAAGAAGGAGACGUGGGCGAUUCCUUCAAAUCAAAAGCUCUCUUUGGAGUGAACAAUGUGGGUGUUUGUAAAUUCUGGAGAUUUCUUUCUAUUCAUAAUAAACUAGAUACUGUUGAUCUUUUCUUCUCACCCCCUUCUGUAAGCUUUCUGCUCCAUUCCCACCAUUUUGUGUGUGUGUGUAUGUGUGUGUGUGCGCGUGCACGCGUUCUGAUAUUUCACUUCCUGCACGGUCUUGAGAAAGAUGGUCAGAUAAAUGAGUGCUUGCUGAUCAGAAAUUCAAAUUCCAGAAAGUGUUUUU